AUUUAUUAAAAUUAUAAGGAGAACCUCACUGUGUUUCGAUUUAUUCAUUUAUUUACUUCUCUCUGGGAUCCGCUCGCCGUUGCCGCCGCCGCCGCCGCCGCCGACGAGAUGAAUCCCAUGAUUUGGCACAAGGUCGCUGCAAUUUCCGGGGUCGCUGCUCUCGGCCUCGGGACUUACGGAUCGCAUGGCUUCCGGCCAAAAGACGAAACUUUCAAAGAGGUUCUUCUUCGCACGUCCCUAUUUGGCCAAUUUGUUCAAAAAUUGCUAGGGUUAGAUUUUCCCCAACUACGUCUCCAUGUUUCGUUUGUGUUAUUGUUUUUUUCAAAGGUUUGGCGCACUGCAUCUCUCUACCACUUGGUCCACACCGCCGCCUUGGUCGGAGCUCCGGUCGCCAAACACCCCAACAUCUUCGGAGGGCUUCUGACUGCUGGUAUCCUGGCGUUCUCUGGAUCGUGCUACGCUACAGCAUAUCUCGAAGAUAGACAAUACUCUUUUCUCGCACCGUUUGGUGGCUUUGCAUUCAUCGGAGCUUGGGCCAGUUUAAUCUUCUGAUUCAUAAUGCUUCAAACAGCUGAGGUGUUGUAUUCUGCUUGAGCUAACCGGGACUCUUAUUCUACCCAGUCCAAUCUUCUCACCAUCGUGCUAUCUUGGAUGCUCGCAUGAACACUUUUUGCUGCUCCAAAAUUCUUAAAUGCUCGAUGUGUUGUUAUAGACUUGCUCGACAAAACAAUGUGAACUUGUAUCGGGUUGGCGGAUGACUAAAACUGCUAUAGCAACUGAACUGCAUCGUUCUUUCUGCCAUUAACUGAAUUGUGAGUUUGUUUUUGCAAACCUAAGUGGCUAGUGUUUGAAUAUUUGCUAUUGUAAUAAUUUAAUCUCAUAAUUAAACUCUGAGAUUGUUUUACAGAAAUUACAGAUACUA